UUUAUUUCGUUAUUUAGUUUGUCGAGCAAAUUGUAAAGUAUUGUCGGGUUGUGUAAGAUGCUGUGUCAUUCACCAAGAUAAGAAAAGAAAAGAUGGUUUAGAUUGAUGUGGGGUAGCCUAACCAGUAGGCUAUAUUUAUCGUUGCGAUACUUUGCGAUUUAACUUUUCUAUCUGGAAUAUCUGUAGUUAUGUUGAACUCGCCACCAACCGACUUGACAACCGGGAAAAUGGCUGAAAUUGUGGAGAAAUUGGGUGUGUGUGCACCAUGACCUCCAAGUCCUCCCUACUGAAGGUCAUCCUGCUGGGGGACGGCGGCGUGGGCAAGUCCUCCCUGAUGAACCGCUACGUGGCCGACAAAUUCGACACGCACCUCUUCCACACCAUCGGCGUGGAGUUCCUCAACAAGGAGCUGGAGGUGGACGGGCGCACGGUCACCUUGCAGAUCUGGGACACGGCGGGCCAGGAGCGCUUCCGCAGCCUGAGGACGCCGUUCUACCGCGGCUCCGACUGCUGCCUCCUGGCCUUCAGCGUGGACGACAGCCAGAGCUUCCUGAACCUGGCCAACUGGCGGAAGGAGUUUGCCUACUACGCGGACGUGCGCGAGCCCGACCGCUUCCCGUUCGUCGUCCUGGGCAACAAGGUGGACGUGCCCGAGCGGCAGGUGUCGGCGGACGAGGCCCAGCGCUGGUGCCGCGACAACGGCGGGCACCCGUACUUCGAGACCAGCGCCAAGGACGCCACCAACGUGACGGCGGCCUUCGAGGAGGCCGUGCGGCGCGUGCUGGCGUCCGAGGAGAGGGCAGAGCAUCUGCUGCCGGCCGACACGGUGGACCUGCGCAGGAAGACGCGCUCCAGCCCCCUCUGCUGCUGAGGAGAGGAACUGCACUGUCAAGACAGCUGCGGAGAGAGGACUGUCAGAAUACUGUAAUCUGAAAACAUGCACGGACCAGAGCCAUAGAAAGAGAGAGUUGCGACACUCUUUGAUGUUGCCGCCACACGAUCAAAAGUUCCAAAAAAACCUACGCUGAAUGGCUGAAUCGCUUCUGGAUGCUGGAGGGUGAAAUCAAUGAACUCAUUGACUACUGACCAAGAGAUUGGCUGUUAAUAGUUCCAAAAGUCCCAUAACGCGGAAAUAGCCUGGAAAAAGCGCUGCCAUCUUUUCCUAUGGAGGUCUAUGGGAGUGUCGCCACUCUGUUUGAUCUAGGCCUACCGCUCUGGGACGGACUACAACUGACGUGAAAGCUGAUGAAAGGGCAUGCUGUGGAGCUUUGGCCUACAGCUGUCACCCUCAGAGGGCUCGGCUGUUAGAUCUGUAAUGUGUUUUCAUACGGCUCCACCGUGCCAAGGAGGAACACACUGAAUCACACACACCAAGUUAACAAAUGUGUAGAUGCAGACACCUGGCCCUUGGGUUCUUUCUGAAGAACUAAAUGCGCUCACAUGUCAAGACAGAAUCUCUCUCUCUUUCUCUCUAUCUCUCUCUCUCUCUCUCAAACACUCUAUAUACACACAACACACAAUGUUUUUGCCUGUGUCUCUGUAGGCUUAGCUUACAUGAUGCCACAUGCACUCCUACACAGUAUGUUAAAUAUCUGAGGUUGUGUCCUUUUGAAGGAUGAGAAAGAAAUAUGAGACAUACAGUAAAUUACUUUAUUUUGUAUGCUAUUUUGAUCCAGUGGAAAACAAAACAUCUUGUUUUUGAAUAACAGUGUUGCAUGCAUGGGGUGUAUGCUGUAAUCAAAGAUGCUACUAAUGCAAGAGCAAUACUUGCAUGGAACCUGCAGUAGGCUACAGUAGGUCACUUCUGUGCAAAUGCAUGUUACAGAUGUUUAACUCUGGUUGUUGAUAUUUGAGCUCAACAGCCAGUCAAAUUACACCCUUCCCCUCUGUGCUCCUGAAGUAACAUGUUGAUUGGCUGGAAUUGUUUUUAGCUCAGUCUAAACCACCAUGUUUGCUUUCCCUGAACAGCAUUCACAGAGCCAGGGCACUAAACAGACACUGGAGCUCUUGGAGCGUAUACACUGGAUGGACAGUUAUAUGGAGCCACUUGGGGGGGCACUGCUACAGUACACUCCAUUAACAAGAGCCCCUAAGGCCUCCAUAAAGCUGAAAACUGUGAUGAGAAAUAUGACAAUGUAUUUGAUUAGAAUCAUGGACCGCACCUUUAGUCUACCUAUUGUACAGUAAUGUAUGUAUGUAUGUGCAUUGUAAUAAUUAACAGUUAGGCUAUACAAUAAACAAUCAGUAAUGUGGUUAUUAAAGAUCAAGACU